AUGGACACCAAAAAACGCUCCAACGAGGAUCUCCUCGACUCUGACGCUGACCCUUCGCCAGCAACCACAGCAACCACAUCAACCACACUGCUACCACCAUCAGAAACUACCUCCGUCGCUGCAGCUAUCACAGAGGUUGGAGAUGGCUUGUCGUCGGCAAUGGAGGUUGACGGCACAAAAUCAGGAGCCUCCGAGGCUGUGAAGCCCAGUCCUGCGACCCAUUUUGCUGCUACCAUGGCGGCCGAGAACAUGCAACCACUCGGUAGUGAGGCUAAUAAGAGAGUCAAACUGAUGAUGGAGAUGAACCAUACUGGAUCCGACUUUUCACCCUCGAUCGAUCUGGCCGAUCCUUCUCAGGAAUCCAAGGGACUUGCCGAGUGGGUCGGGGAAAUGGACAACGAUGCCCAUUCUACUGACGAUACAGCAGCAAGUGCACUUUCAACUAAAGCCGAGGCCAAGACGGAUGAUGCCGAGUCUUCAGUGGCUGAUUCUGCAGCCGCCUCAGAAAUUCAAGCUACGGAUUCGACAGACAAGCAGGAAUCAGCAGCAGGAAAGGAACAGACGGCAGGGCAGGACCUUGUCAAUGCUCUCUUGGCACCUACCACAGAGCCUUCGCAUGAGGACCUGUCAGGAUCGAUCUUAGCCGUCGCUUCGCUCUCAGAGCCAUUGGUCGCCACACUCGAGACUUUGGACAACCAGGCAGACGUCAACUUCAUCACAGCUGCAGUCCCUGCUGCUUCCAAUCUGGUCAUCAACCCCGAACUGUCUGAAUCAACAGUAGCAUCAGAACCAGAAGAGGGAGAGCUUGAAUCAACAGAUUCGGAUCUUACCGCGAACGGAGCUACCAAUGGAGCUGACAGGAAGGAAGAUGCAGUCUUAUCCGUUGCAGCUGAAUCAGCAGCACAGGGUAAACUUUCAGAGCAAUUAGUCGCCCGACAGGAUGAAAAGGGAGUAUCCACUGCUGAAGAAGGCCAGCUUGUACAGGAUCAGGAUAUUCAGAUGGCAGAAAAGUCCAAGUCGAAUGCUGAUCUAACUCCAUCCGACGCUGCCAUCGUCACAAGCCAGACCAAAGAUGUCCCUAUGACAGCGACUGAGUCAGUAGUCGGAAACGGAACAACAGACAGCCAAAAGCCAGUCAGUCCUACCUCUAGAGCUCCUAUCCCACACGAGGCAGUUAAUAGCUCUCCCCCUAGUGCUCUGUUCAAGGCUGCCCCACCACCUGCACUCUCUACACAAGAUCCUCCCAGAUCCUCUCCUACGAUGGCCAGGAACACCUUGUCGCCAAUCCACCCCGACCCUUCCCGGCCAGCACUCAUGGAAGGCAACCUAGCCAUAAACAAACCUGCUCAACUUACCAGCCUGCCGCCAUUGAGCUCCAUCGCGGGAGCACCCAGCCACCCUGCUUCACAAAGCGCUCGACCAUCUCGGAGCACAAUGUCAGUGUCCGCCUUGCUGCUGAAUAACGAUGACGAUAGUGAACAGGAGCAGGAUCGCGGUAGGCGGACGGCCGGAAGUAUGUUUGAUCCCUUUGCAAACCCUCCUAGUCAUAACCGAUCCCUUUCGCCGCCACCUAUGGCUCCGCCACAACACUCUACCUUGUCUGGACAACACCACCAGCCAGGACCAGGAGCACCCCAGCAUUCCUCCGCCCCUCUCCCUGGACAAUCCGUCCCACCUCCAAAAUCAUUGGCAAGUGUUCAUCGAGUGGAGCCUCCAAUGUCUAGUCACUCUGACCACUCCGGAUACGGUCGCGAAAUGCCCGAUCCUAGUCAAUCGUCGAGACGUAGUCAGGAUUUCACCUCUGCUCCUGGAGGAGGAAUUCGCGGCGCCUCCAAGGACUAUCCAGCAGAUGAAGUUAUGGAGUCUGGCGGAGUGAUUGGAUACGGCAGUCAGCGUCAUCGUCUGCCCUCUCCAGUUGGUGCUCGUCCUCACCAGGAGCCGUUGCCAGGACCAGGAGUACCAGGAGGUCCAGCCCCACCAGGCAGCAACAAACUUCCAGGAUUGGGAUCUGUCACAGGAGGAGCCCCUCCCCCACCCCAUUCUCAUGACCUUCACAACCGCCACAGACCAAUGUACAGACCAGAAGGCAACCAUCCACCGCCUAUGAACAGCGGACGACCCAACUCGUAUUCACCUAAUCAGCACCUCAACAUGACACAUUCACCUCCUAUGAACGGUCAUCCUCAUCCUCAUUACCCACCCAAUGGACCAUCUCAUCACCACCACCUUUCAGGAAUGGUCCCCAAUGCUCCUCUUCCAUCUCUGUCUAACUCGGUACUUAUCGUUGAGCGUCAUGUCCCACGGUUGAUCGUUAAGAACGACCCCAGCCUCAAGAUGAACGGUUGCCCUGAGCUCUUUUUAGGAUACUACCGAUAUGACCCUGCAGUGUUGUUACCUGCAAUGCAAGGAAAGGAAAACUCUUUGCUUGAAGUUCGUGUCGCUUCUACAUACUUGACAUAUGACAAUACCAAGGUGAAGAAGCGGGAGGUCUGGGGAACUGACAUCUACACUGACGAUUCCGACGUUGUCGCCAUGCUGAUUCACGCGGGAUACUAUAUUCCACCGACCAACUCUCAUUGCACUGAUGAGGACUCGCUCCACCCCACUAGUCAACAUCACAACUUUGUGUCGAACCCUAUCAAACACAUCUGCCCUGGAUUUGAUCUUGCAGUAACCCUUCGCGUCAUGCCAAAACUCAUCAAGUACCAAGGGUCGAUCCGGCACCGUAUCAAGAGUAGGACAUGGAGCACAGGGCAUGAUGGAGUGAGCUUCAAGAUCGAGUCGAUCCGGAAGUUGGAAGCAGGAGAGGCCCUCAACAAGGGUCGCAGCCAGAGUAAGCGGCGCAUGAAGGAGUAUAGCCAAGAGAGAAUGCGUGUAUUGGCCAACAUUCACGACGCGACCACCGAGAGCCUUCAGAACGAGCGGGCCAUGCGGACAGCUACCUUUGAAUUCACGCAUCAAGGCGAUCCUUGUUUCAAGUAUUCACCAGAGUUGGUGAUGGAUCGUCAUGAUGGACUGUCGCGCAAAUGGACGAGCUGGCGGUUGAAGAAGGAGGUAUUGAUUCUGGAGAAUGAGGAGGAGCGCUACGAGAUUUCGCUGCAGCACCAAGCAGGAACUGAUGCCCGGAGAUUUGACCAAUAUCGCUUUGCCGUCAUAUCUCCACGAACGUCGCUCUCGAGCUGGAGUAAAGCCAGCUAUCCUUUGGACUCUGCCGACUUGACUGAGGUUCUCUAUGAGGACCUUGACUGGCAGGAUUUCGAGUGGGUCGAGCGUGGAGUCGUCAUCCAGCCUAGCCCAAGAGGGAAGAACGGCGCUACGACGUGGAAUGGGAUGGAGGGUGUCGAGCCUACAUCCAAGGACGGCGAUGUCGAUAUGGAGGAUGGCGAGAUCCAUGAUGGCACCAAGGAGUCUGCCCAUCAGGCAGCGACGUCGAGCAAAGCUGAUGACCAUGCUCAGGGAAGUGACGACGCACAUCAGGAAGGAGUCUUUUGUGUUGUGAGCCGACUCUACUGGAGGCCGAUGUCUGAGAAUGGACCUACGAAACGCACUGUCACUCCUGCUGCUGCCAAGCCUGCUGAAGUCAAGUCGGCCUCCGUUGCGGCUAUUCAGAACGGAUCAUCCAAGGAUGUUUCAGAUCAUCACAACACCAACGCUGGUCAGGACAAGUUGUUGGCUGAGCCGGUUGAUUCAGGAGUCAAAACAGCAAUCGAUACUGCCCCUGCCAAACCUAAUCAUGAGCACUCUGUUAGCACACCCGUCGCAUCGCCAGUAGUACCAGAGGACCGCAAGGAAGAUAAGAAGGAGCAGGUCUCUCCUGCUCUUGCAGUAGUCGAAUUUUUGCCAGCUCCACCACCACAACAGCAACAUCAGCAACAUCAACCACAACAACAAUCGACACCAACAACAGCAAGUUCGGCAUUAGAGCAAGAACCCACAGCAGCAGUAGCAGAACCAACGAAGGUUCCUACUGUGCCUGCACCCGCAGCAAGCAAGGAUCUGGAGGCGAUGGAGGUCGACUCCUCCGUAAUCACACCAGUACCAGCACCAGCAGAGCCGAAGGUCACGCCAGCAUUCGUCGCACCGACAUCAACGCCAACACCCGCACCGGUCGCAGUUCAGCAGAAGCAGGUCGAGACUGUCAAACCUGCUCCCGUAGUUGCUGCAGAGGAGCCACCCAAGGCUGUUCCUGCUGCUCCUAUUGCCCCUGCUGUCGUUGCCCCAGUAGACGAAGAUGAGCGUGAAGAGGGUGAGCUUGAAGAAGGUGAAAUUGCCUCUGAUUAA